AUUGAUCUAGAUCUUUGUGUCAAUAAGAAAAGAAACCGGGAAAGAUGAACCCAUGGCCUCAGAUUUCAUCUCUGCCAUUUCCUCAUUGUGUGAUCUUGAACAAUCCCCUUGACUCUUAUGUAUAAACUGGGUUAUCUAUAAACGGCAUAGUAACAGCACUUGUUUCAUAGGCUGUGAUGAUUAUUAAACAAGUACUCUGUCUAUGGCCCCUAGAACAAUGCCAUGUAAUUAAUAUUUGCUAAAUUGAUGCUUUGAUUUUCAAUGCUGCCAAUUUAAAACACUAUGGUACCAGCAAUGGAUAGACCAAAGAAAGUACAUGGACGUUGUGCUUUCCAGCCCGUAGGUCAUAAGUUUGCAUCCCCUGGCAGAGUGGUUAAGGGACAUGAACUUGGAAGCCCAGAUCUGCCACUCAUACCAUCCAGGUGACCUUGGGCAAGGGAGCUGCCCUGGGCAUCCGGGUUCCUGUCUAUAGUCCUGGGCCAAGGUCAGUGUGAGGAUUGCAGGGUAGUGUCUCCAACAGGCCUGGAGGAGCAGCUUACCUGCCCCUGCCCUCGGCUCCCUGCUGCAGAGGAGCCCCCAGGUGGUGUCACAGGAAGCAGUGGGGCUUCGAUUCUUCAGUUAACUGUCACCCUUCCCCCUCCCCCUCACCACAAACGCCAGGAUCUUCCAUGACAGGGCAGCCCCGAAAGCCUCCAGGGCCACACGAGGCUGCUUCUCUCUCUGUCUCCGACAGGUUGGCCGCUGGGCUUUGCUGGGUAGUGUCUGAGCAGAGGGUCUGCCUGGGCACGGUUGGGUCUGGGGUGGGAGCUGGGGUACAGGAGAAACAGAUCCCUGGGAAGGUGCACGUCGGAUGGAGUUCAGCCUCCCCCCCCCACCCCCCGAGGCAGCUCCCCUGGGCACCGCUCACCAAACCCCUUGGGCACCUGGAGGACAGACGGAUCAGGGGCACAAUGUGCGGGAGUGUCUGGCAGCAGAACCAAGGGGUCAGGGUUCGACAUGAGAACUCAGAUGUUCCUCCUCUGGAGCCCCAGCAACCCUCUUCUCCCCUCCUCACCCAGAUAACAGGCAUCGCCGUGCCCUUGGCCCCAUGGACCCCCCAAGGCAAUGCCCCUCCCCCAGCUCAUCAAGGCCCAUCAGCCCCAGGACCCCGUCCUGCGAGACGCUUGGUUAUGUGGGCAUCGAGGCCGUGCUGGACCAAAUGAAGAUCAAGGCCAUGAAGAUGGGUUUUGAGUUCAACAUCAUGGUGGUGGGGCAGAGUGGGCUGGGCAAAUCCACGAUGGUGAACACACUGUUCAAGUCCAAAAUAUGGAAGUCCACCCCCUCGGGUCUGGCGCUGGGGCCCAUUCCCCAGACACUGCAGCUGCACUCAGUGACCCAUGUCAUCGAGGAGAAAGGUGUGAAGCUCAAGCUGACCGUGACCGACACGCCUGGCUUUGGGGACCAAAUCAACAAUGACAAGUGGGGCCACUCCCCAAAGGACCCAGGGAGACAGGUGGGGCUCCCGGGCACAGCCCUGAGGUCGGCUCCAUCCCCCACCCCAGCUGGGACCCCAUCCUGGGCUACAUCAAUGGGCAGUACGAGCAGUACCUGCAGGAGGAGAUCCUCAUCACCCGCCAGCGCCACAUCCCCGACACCCGGGUGCACUGCUGUGUGUACUUCGUGGCGCCCACGGGGCACAGGUGAGGUGGCUGGGCAGACCAGGGCAGAGAGGAGGAGGAGGGGUUCCCGGCAUGGGCUGUGGGCUGGCAUCCCCUCACUCACACAUUUGCUGCUGCCACUGCCGCCACCACCACCGUCCUGCCUGAGCAGCCUGCGGCCCCUGGACAUUGAGUUCCUGCAGCGGCUCUGCCGGACUGUGAACGUGGUGCCCGUGAUCGCUCGGGCGGACAGCCUGACCAUGGAGGAGCGAGAGGACUUCAGGCGCAGGAUCCAGCACAACCUGAGGACUCACAGCAUCGAUGUGUACCCACAGGAAUGCUUCGAUGAGGACAUCAAUGAUAAGAUCCUCAACUGCAAGAUCCGGGAGCGGAUCCCCUUUGCUGUGGUCGGGGCUGACCGAGAGCACGUGGUGAACGGGAGGUGUGUGCUGGGCCGGAAGACAAAGUGGGGCAUCGUUGAAGUGGAGAACAUGAAGCACUGUGAGUUUCCCCUCCUGAGAGACCUGCUCAUCCGCUCCCACCUCCAAGACCUGAAGGACAUCACCCACAAUGUCCACUAUGAGAACUACCGUGUCGGCAGACUCAACGAAAGCCACAUGCUGCCCCGGGGGCCCGGCUGGGUGACCCUGGACCCGGCCCCUGCCAAUUCCCCGGCCCUCCCUGGGCCCUCAAAGGUGUGCCGAUGGGCCCAGGACACUCCCUCAGAGGAGUACUGAACACAGGCACCCCCUGGCCACUUGGGUUCCCCCCCGGGCCCAGCAGCCCCCAGCACACACCUGUGUACUAGGACAUGUAUUAAAGGUCGACAUUGCUUUUUAAGACAAGCUGUGCUUUGAAAACAAAAGGAGUUUUGUAAACAACUUCUUUUGAGCUAUCCU